AGGGAGGGAAAAAAAGAGAGGGAAGGAGAGGGAACAAGGGCGUUGCAGAGCUGUGUGCAUAUGCAGCUUGAGAACACAUCAAGAGCUCCCUGAAAGGCUUGUCUGAAGAAGGCAAAAUAUUUUUUUUAAGCUGCUUGCUUCUGUGGGUUAAGCUUCGUGGACCAGAGCUUAACUGCUGCAGAACUUGCAUCUAGUUGAGGUUUAUAUUUUUGCUCGUCAUUGAUCAAGUGUUAUUACUUUGACUUAGUUUUUUGUUUGUUCCUGUCUUGGUAGUCCUCGUGUCAGAAAUUUAAAAGGCUGAGAAGAACAUACCAUAAAAGGAGAAAACCAAGAUUUCAAACUGUAAAAAAGUAGUCAUUAUCACACAAUCCUCUUUUACACUGAACCUUGGAGGCAGACCUACACAUACAGCUUUUGUAAAUACAGGAAAAAGGAGACAAACCUGCAUAGGCAUCACAGAGGAAACAUAAACACACAGAGACAGGGUACAAAACAGACCCAUAAAUUAAGUGAGCAGAGCAAAACCACCAUAAAGUCUCCACAUAAUGUCUCGCUGGGGGCGGAAAAAUGUCAAGAAGACCCCUGAAGUGAUUAGAACAGUUACAGAAGGCCUGAAGUCACUUUAUCGAAAGAAGCUUCUGCCUAUUGAGGAGUACUAUGGUUUCCAUGACUUCCACUCGCCAAGUCUGGAGGACGCUGACUUUGACAACAAACCUAUGGUGCUAGUUGUUGGUCAGUACUCUACAGGAAAGACCACCUUCAUCAAGUACUUGUUGGAGCAAGAUGUACCUGGAAGCCGUGUGGGACCAGAGCCUACUACAGACAGCUUUACUGCUAUCAUGCAUGGUGAAGUGGAGGGGCUAAUCCCUGGAAAUGCUCUCAUUGUGGACCCCAACAAGCCCUUCCGCAAACUCAACCCUUUCGGAAACACCUUCCUCAACAGAUUUCAGUGUGCACAGCUGCCCAACCAGGUUCUGGAGAGCAUCAGUAUCAUCGACACUCCUGGCAUCCUGUCUGGAGCCAAACAGAAAGUGAGCCGAGGUGAGGCCAGCACUAAAGGCUAUGACUUCCCAGCUGUCUUACGCUGGUUUGCUGAACGUGUGGACAGGAUCAUCCUUCUAUUUGAUGCCCACAAGCUGGAGAUUUCUGAUGAGUUUUCAGAGGCCAUAGGUGCUCUGAGAGGCAAUGAGGACAAACUGCGUGUGGUGCUCAACAAGGCUGACAUGGUUGGAACUCAGCAGCUGAUGCGUGUGUAUGGGGCACUCAUGUGGUCUCUGGGGAAAGUUUUUGGCACCCCUGAGGUUCUGAGAGUGUACAUUGGAUCAUUCUGGUCCGAACCCCUCAUGGUCCCGGAUAACCGAAAGCUGUUUGAGCUGGAAGAGGAGGACCUGUUUGCUGACAUUCAGAACCUGCCCCGCAAUGCUGCACUCCGCAAGCUCAAUGAUUUGGUCAAGAGAGCUCGUCUUGUGAGGGUCCAUGCUCACAUAAUUAGUUAUCUGAAGCAGGAGAUGCCAUCUGUCUUCAGGAAGGACAAUAAGAAGAAAAACCUGAUCUACCAGCUGCCAGUCAUCUUCUCCAAGAUCCAGCUGCAACAUCACAUUUCCCCUGGAGAUUUCCCUGAGUGUGCCAAGAUGCAGGAACUGCUCGCAGGUCAUGACUUCACAAAGUUCAAGUCCCUGAAACCAAACAUGAUGGCUAUGCUGGAUGAACUGCUGUCUACUGACAUUGCCAAGCUAAUGCCCCUUCUCAGGCAGGAGGAGCUGGAGGCAGGGGUCCAACCUGGAGUCCAAGGUGGGGCUUUCUUGGGGACCCGAGCAGGGCCCUUUGUGGAGGGUGACCCUUUUGGCGAGAAAGUUGAAGAAGAUGGUGAGGAUGGCGAAUCAGAAGAGGAUUGGAUUGUGACUAAGGACAAGCCCAAGUAUGAUGAGAUUUUCUACAACUUAGCACCCAAUGAAGGCAAGCUGAGUGGCACCAAAGCCAAAGACUGGAUGGUGAGCACACGGCUGCCCAAUUCUGUGCUGGGCCGCAUCUGGAAGCUGUCAGAUGUUGAUCGGGAUGGCAUGCUGGAUGAUGAGGAGUUUGCCCUGGCUAGCCACCUGAUUGAGGUGAAGCUUGAGGGGCAUGGCCUGCCGCCUGAGUUACCCGCUCGUCUGGUGCCUCCAUCCAAGCGCAGACACAAAGGUUCUGAUGCCUAGACAAUACAAAAUGCCCAUGAGGGAUACUAGAUGGCUUUCUUGUUGGAAUGCAUAUACAGAUAGGAACAGUCAUACUGAGAUGCUCACCUGUAAGGCAGAUUGUUGCAUUUACUCUCUCUUACUUCCAAAUGCACUUAAUCAUAAAAAGCUUUAAGAUCCUAAACCAGCUCUGAGCAGGUACAUUAACUGGGACAAAUUUGGAGUUACUGAGUUAAAAAUAACAUUUUAAUGAGCAAGGUCUUACAAAAAUGUUUGGAAGACAGCGCUGGUCUGGAAUCAUCAUCUUGAUCAAUGAAUGCUUGUGAAUGUACAUGCAAGCAGUAAAACAGUAACAAUUUUUUUACUUCCCAGGAGAGGCAGACCAAGCCUUCAUGUCUGAAUCCAGAUAUGCAUUGAGACAGGGAAACUGUCUAGAGGUCUACACUGUUUUUUACCUUCAGAGCUAUAGGUCUCACCUUACUGCCGCUAUGCAUCUACACCUACUUUCUCCUGUGCGUCUCUGUCCCCAGUUAUCAGUUUUUCUUUUGCUGUAAAAUUUGAAACAUUUAAAAGACUAAUUCGAAUAACAAAUAUAAAUUUCAAAAUACAAAAAGGGUAUUUGGAAAAUGUAUGCAUGUAUAUAAGAGUCAACCACAAAUAUCUUGGAAAAAAGAAAGUAUUUGCCCUGAGAAAUGGCAAAGAAAAAAGUUUUUUUAUAUUAGUUAAAUUACAGAAUGUGCUUUAGAAGUCUGAUUAUGUUCACAUGCCUUUUUAGUGUAAAAAAAGUGAAUAUUAGAAUGUGAAAUGUACUCCAGCACUUGAAAGGGUGGCAUAAUCUUCAGCUUUUAAGUUCUGUUUAAGGUAGUUUAUAACUCUUAUGAAAAAUCUGACAUUUGCCUUUCUGUGCAUGAUGAAUUCAUGACCUUUAAAAUUAAAAAAUAUAUGUACUUUGUGCUUCUGAUAUUUUUUUUCUUUUUCAUUUAGGCAUAUUUUUGUUAUUUUUAUAUUGAACUCUUCACAUACUAUGAAUGAAUGUUCCAUGUAUGUAAAUUUAGAAUCAUGUCAAAGAUUUUAAAGAAAGAAAAGGAUUUUACUGACUACUGUGCACAAUUUUACCAAUUGCUUCAAUGUUAACCAUUGCUAUAACACCAAAUAAACUGUGCUGACUUGA